CAGCAGGUAAGCUAACGGUAAUGGCCAGCCGUCGGACUAUCUUCUCUCGAGCAAAAUGUCGGGCAGGCGUUUCAGUGAGUCGUGGCUUCUUGUGGGUGAUCUCACAUGGGAUGAAUGCUACGCCAUCUGCAAAAAAGAUGGGCAUUUUCAAGAAGACUCCAACAAUGUCGUGACAGCGACGGAGACCGAGAUUGACAAUCCAGGGGAGGAUGACCCUGUAGUGCAAGCAGAAGAAGUGCUAUUUUGCUCCACUUCUGUGAAACGGUAUUCAACUUCAGAUGACUAUAUUCCACUCUCCACUACACCGCCGCCGCCUCUGUGCAGAAGUCCAAAGCGCAGGUCUAUAACCCCAACGAAGUGGAGACGUAGACGAGCUGCUGCAUCACAUCCCUAUAAGGCCAGAAGACACUGUGGAUAUAGAGCACCUGUCUCAAGGAGACGCAGUUGUGGCUGCUGCUGCAACUGUAGCAGAAGAAGGGAGUGGCUGCCAAGGCGAAGAAGAUACACCCUUACACCCAGAGUAUCAUCAUGGGAGCACCUUCCUGUGGCCAUCCAGCCUACGAAAUGGUACCAGGUUGUUGGGAGCAUGCAGUGCAGUCACUGCAAAGCCAAGGGGAGGUACCAGAUGACAUCUUGGAUGUGCCAGAUGUGUGAGGAGCCCCUGUGUCUGAUGCCGUUUAGGAAUUGCUACGCCCUGUGGCAUGGUCAGCGAUUUUGAGCUCACAUUCUGAGUUACAUUUAAUUUGUAGUUCCAGUGCUAAAUGUUUUAAUAUUGAUAAUUCAUUUACGUUUAAUGUUCUGAUUUUAGUUCCUUAAAGAGGAUCAAUUACAAGUCAGUAUUCCUCCAAAACGUAACAGGAAGGAGUCUUUGUUUUGGGAGUUGUUAACUGGCAUGUACUCCCAUUAAUGCUAAGGUACUCCCAGUUUACAUCCAGUUCACCUUUGUUUGUAAAUGCUGAUUUCUGAUUAAAUUGUAGGUAAGAUGAA